AUGGUCAAAGACAUAUUGGCCAGAAGCUUCCUGACAGAAGGGAGCACAAGACUGUUGUGUGACAUUCUGAAUACUGUGCUUACCUUCUUGGUAUUAUUAGAUUAUGAUGAAGAUGACUAUGAUGCUGAUUGUGAAGACAUAGAUUGCAAGUUGAUGCCUCCUCCACCUCCACCCGCAGGACCUAUGAAGAAGGAUAAAGACCAAGAUGCUAUUACCUGUGUGUCUGAGGAUGGAGAAGGCAUCAUCUUGCCCUCCAUCAUUGCCCCUUCCUCUUUGGCCUCAGAGAAAGUGGACCUCAGUAGUUCCUCUGACUCAGAAUUUGAGAUGGGACCUCAUGAAGUAACACAGACAGAAUCUGAGAACAGAAAACUGACCCUAUCAUUGGCUGGGUUUAUGCAGUAUGAUGCCACCAAGCUGUUGCCAAGUGUCACAGAAAUUUUCCCAGAAUUUCGACCUGGAAAGGAGUUACGCUUCCUACGUCUUUUUGGGCCAGGGAAGAUUGUCCCAUCUGUUUGGUGGAGUGCUCAGAGAAAGAGGAAAAAGAAGCACCAUGAUCUGAUACAAGAAGAGCAGAUCCAGGAGGUGGAGUGCUCAGUAGAAUCAGAAACCAACCAGAAGUCUUUGUGGAACUAUGACCAUGCUCCACCACCACCUCCAAAGCAGUGUCUCUCUGAUGAUGAAAUCACGAUGAUGGCUCCUGUGGAGUCCGAAUUUUCCCAGUCAACUGGAGAUAUAGAUAAAGUGACAGAUAUCAAACCAAGAGUGCCUGAGUGGCGUUACAGGCCUGCCCGACUGUGGCAUGAUAUGCUGGGUGUCCCUCAAGAUGGCAGUGGGUUUGACUAUGGCAUCAAACUGAGAAAAAUGGAACAUGAACCUGUGAUAAAAAAUAGAAUGAUGGAGGACUUCAGGAAGCUUGAGGAAAGCAAUGGCACUGAUCUUCUGGCUGAUGAAAACUUCCUGAUGGUGACACAGCUGCAUUGGGAGGAGGAUAUCAUCUGGGAUGGAGAGGAUGUCAAACCCAAAGGGACAAAACCUCAGCGUGCAAGCCUGAAAGGCUGGCUUCCUUCCAGCAUGACGCCGAAUGCCAUGGCUUAUAACGGUCAGCAAGGUUUUACAGCCACCCUGGAUGAUGACAAGCCUUGGUAUUCCAUUUUCCCCAUUGACAAUGAGGAGCUGGUAUAUGGACGCUGGGAGGACAAUAUCAUUUGGUCUGCCCAGGCCAUGCCCCGACUGUUGGAGCCUCCUGUUUUGACACUUGAUCCCAAUGAUGAGAAUCUCAUUUUGGAAAUUCCUGAUGAGAAGGAAGAAGCCACCUCUAACUCCUCCUGUAAGGAGAGUAAGAAGGAAUCAUCUCUGAAGAAGAGUCGAAUUCUCUUAGGGAAAACAGGUGUCAUCAAGGAGGAACCACAGCAGAACAUGUGUCGUCCAGAAGUGAAAGAUCCAUGGAAUCUCUCCAAUGAUGAGUAUUACUACCCCAAGCAACAGGGUCUAAGAGGCACUUUUGGAGGAAAUAUUAUCCAGUAUUUAAUUAGAACUUUUGUAUCUCUUACCUUAGCACUCAAUCCUGCUGUGGAGUUAUAGCAGCCCUUCUUUCCCACCCACAUGGGGCCCAUCAAACUCCGGCUGUUCCAUCGCCCACCUCUGAAGAAGUAUUCCUUUGGGGCACUAUCUGAGCCAGCUCCUCAUUCAGUCCAGCCCUUGCUAAAGCACAUCAAAAAGAAGGCUAAGAUGAGAGAACAGGAGAGGCAAGCUUCAGGUGGUGGAGAGAUGUUUUUUAUGCGCACACCUCAGGACUCCACAGGCAAAGAUGGAGAUCUUAUUCUUGCAGAAUACAGUGAGGAAAAUGGACCAAUAAUGAUGCAGGUUGGAAUGGCAACCAAGAUAAAAAAUUACUAUAAGUGGAAACCUGAAGACCCUGGAGCCCCUGAUUGUAAAUAUGGAGAAACUGUUUACUGCCAUACAUCUCCUUUUCUGGGAUCUCUCCAUCCUGGCCAAUUACUGCAGGCAUUUGAGAAUAACCUUUUUCGUGCCCCUAUUUACCUUCAUAAGAUGCCAGAAACUGACUUUCUUAUCAUUUGGACAAGACAAGGUUACUAUAUUCGGGAAUUAGCGGAUAUUUUUGUGGUUGGCCAGCAGUGCCCCUUGUUUGAAGUUCCUGGGCCUAACUCCAAAAGGACGAAUACACAUUCGAGACUUUCUGCAGGUUUUUAUUUACGCCUCUUCUGGAAGAGUAAAGAUCGGCCACAGCGGAUCCGAAUGGAAGAUAUAAAAAAAGCCUAUUCUUCCCAUUCAGAAAGCAGCAUCCGGAAGAGGCUAAAGCUCUGCGCUGACUUCAAACGCACAGGGAUGGACUCAAACUGGUGGUUGCUGAAAUCUGAUUUUCGUUUACCAACUGAAGAGGAGAUCAGAGCUAUGGUGUCUCCAGAGCAGUGCUGUGCUUAUUAUAGCAUGAUAGCUGCUGAGCAGCGACUAAAGGAUGCUGGCUAUGGUGGGAAGUCCUUUAUUGCUUCAGAAGAAGAAGAUGAGGAAGAUUUUCAGAUGAAGAUUGAUGAUGAGGUUCACACAGCUCCUUGGAACACUACAAGGGCCUUCAUUGCUGCCAUGAAGGGCAAGUGUCUCCUGGAGGUGACUGGGAUGGCAGAUCCCACAGGGUGUGGUGAAGGGUUCUUGUAUGUGAAGAUUCCAAACAAACCAACAUGGCAGAAGGAUGAUAAGGAGCCUCAGUCAGUGAAGAAAACAUUGACAGGAACAGAUGCAGAUCUCUGUCACCUCUCUCUGAAAAAUGACAAGCAACUUCUUCGUAAACUCGGUGUGCUUGAGGAAAAGCUGAGUAUUAAAAAGUUUUCCUGCUGGGAAGUGAUUGAUGCAGUACGCACAAUGUUAACAGAACAGGCCGGCUCUGGAGAGGGACCCAUGAGUAAAUUUGCUCAUGGAUCAAGGUUUUCUGUGGCUGAACAUCAAGAGCGUUACAAAGAGGAAUGUCAGCGCAUCUUUGACCUGCAGAACAAAUAUUGUUUUUUUUCUCUUUUUAGGGUUUUGUCAUCAAAUGAAGUCUUAUCAACUGACACAGAUAGCAGCUCAGCUGAAGGCAGUGACUUUGAAGAAAUGGGAAAGAACAUCGAGAACAUGUUGCAGAAUAAGAAAACCAGUUCUCAGCUAUCACGUGAACGGGAGGAGCAGGAGCGGAAGGAACUACAGAGGAUGUUAUUGGCAGCAGGCUCAGCAGCAGCAGGAAACAAUCACAGAGACAAUGACACAGCUUCUGUGACUAGCCUGAACUCUUCUGCCACUGGCCGUUGUCUUAAGAUUUAUUGCACAUUUCGAGAUGAAGAAGAGAGAGAGUAUGUUCACUGUGAGACAGUUAAAAAGGCAGCUGUCAUCGAUGCCUGUGUUAUACAGAACACAAAAGAUGAGGAAUUCAUUCGAAAAUUUGCCCUUUUUGAUGAGCAGCAUCGAGAAAAGAUGCGAAAACAACGGCGCAGGAUUCAAGAGCAGCUGAGGCGGCUUAAGAGGAACCAGGAAAAGGAGAAGCUUAAGGGCCCUCCUGAGAAGAAGCGCAAAAAAAUGAAGCCGCGUCCUGACCUAAAACAGAAAUGUGGGGCUUGUGGUGCCAUUGGGCACAGGAGGACAAACAAAUUCUUCCCCCUCUAUUAUCAAACAAAUGCCCCACCUUCCAACCCUGUUGCCGUGACUGAGGAGCAGGAGAAGGAGUUGGAAAAGACAGUCAUUCAUAAUGAUAAUGAAGAACUUAUCAAGGUUGAAGGGACCAAGAUUGUUUUGGGGAAACAGCUAAUUGAGAGUGCAGAUGAAGUUCGCAGAAAAUCUCUGGUUCUCAAGUUCCCUAAACAGCAAUUUCCUCCAAAGAAGAAACGGCGAGUUGGAACCACUGUUCACUGUGACUAUUUGAAUAGACCUCCUAAGUCCAUUCACCGGCGCCAGACAGACCCCAUGGUGACAUUGUCCUCCAUCUUGGAGUGUAUCAUCAGUGACAUGAGAGAGCUUCCAAAUACAUACCCUUUCCACACUCCAGUCAAUGGAAAGGUUGUGAAGGACUACUACAAAAUUAUCACUCGACCAAUGGACUUACAAACACUCCGUGAAAAUGUGCGUAGACACCUCUACCCAUCUCGGAAAGAGUUCAGAGACCAUUUGGAACUAAUUGUAAAAAACAGUGCAACCUACAAUGGUAAGAAUCACCCAAUCCUUGACUACAAAGGGCCUGAGGGUCAGUAUACUAAGACUGCUCAGGAGAUUGUGAACAUCUGUUACCAGACAUUGACUGAGUAUGAUGAGCAUUUGGCUCAACUUGAGAAGGAUAUUUGUACAGCUAAAGAAGCAGCUUUGGAGGAAGCAGAUUUAGAAAGCUUGGACCCCAUGACUCCAGGCCCUUACACAUCCCAGCCUCCUGAUUUGUAUGAUAACAGCACAUCCCUCAGUAUGUCUCGAGAUGCCUCUGUAUUUCAAGAUGAGAGCAGUAUGCCUGUCCUGGAUAUUCCUACUGCCACACCAGAAAAGCAGAUGCACCAGGGCCGAGGUAGUCUGGGUGAGGAAGUCUCUGAUGUGGAUAUUGAAGGGUAUGAGUAGGAGGACGAUGGGAAACCUAAGACUCCAGUCCCAUAUUCCCUUGACAGCACGUACCGCGUCUACUUCAUGCAGUCCACUACUGGCAUUCCCAGGGCCUCGGGGAGAGACCGUGGUGUGGAUGAGAUCCCGCUCUGUGACUCUAUCCAAAAAGACACGGACAAACUGUAUAACAGAAAACUGCCUCCUGUUGUUAUUUCAGAUAAGGGCAAGCCGCCGACCCUUGGUAUCGUGGCCUUCGAGGCAGGGAGGUCCGCUGAGGCUCCUUUUAGUGCCCGGGUGCAGGGUGCGGGCCCUCAGCUCGGUGUCCUUGGCCUGGCGCAGCUACCGGUUGGCGGGCGGGCCGCUGGAGUGGCUGCCUCUGUCCCCAGCUGGGGGACUCGCAGGGCGUCAUGGCUCCGCGUGCGCUGGGGCGGCGGGCGGAGCAGCGCCAGCUCCCAACCAGAGCCCUGCGCCGGCCGGGAAGGGCUCGCCCCGCGGCGGUCUUGCGGGUCGGGGGCCAGGUGGCCUGCGGAGCCAGCGCCUCUGGGCGUCGGGGGCCUCAUCCCUCUGGGCUCUGAUGCGGGUCCGGCUGGGUGGGACCGCGGGGAUCGGUCGCAAGCGGACUCAGAGCUGCAGCUUGGCCCGGCCACGGGUGAUGGUCAGGCCCAGGCUCUGCCCAGGUACUGUCCCAUGGCGACGGUGCGGCGGGCGCACUGUUCAGUUUCCUACGUUCCGAAGGUCCAAUGUUCCGACGUUCCACGGAUGGAGGCCCGCAGGACUCAGCUGACAGUUGGCUUCGCGGCGCAAGGACAGCACGUGGGGGCGCCCGGGCACGUGGUCCUGCACACGCGAGGUCAGCGCCCGCCAGACUCAUGA